AUGGCGACUAUCAAGACUCUGGAGGAACUGGAGACUUUUGGACUGGCCGAAGCUGUGCGGGAGAAGUUCUCCGCUGCUUUGAAAAAUGGCCAGCUCGUUUUUGCUCCUAGCAAGCACGAGCAAUACACAGACGAGGCUACUGGGAUGCGGUGCGAGCUGAUGAUUGUGGAAGGGCUGUCGAAGCGGCCGAUCAACAGGCCGACGCAGCCCGGAUCGGACGAGAAGAUUUCGAGCGACAAGCUGGAACAGGUGAAGAAGAAGAACCCGUUCAUGAAGCCAGAGCCCGAGCUGACGGUUAUUCAGGACCUUGUUGGCGAGUACCGGCUGAUUCUCAACAAGUUUCCCAACAUUGAGGAGCACUUUCUGAUGGUGACGAAGGAGUUUGUUCAGCAGGACACGCUUCUGAAGCCGGUGGAGCUCCAAUUAAUGCAUACAAUUCUGGGACAGCUCAAUACGUCGCAGUCGAGGUUUUUCGCUUUUUUCAACUCGGGCCCAGAGUCCGGGUACUCUCAAUUCCACAAGCACAUCCAGUUCAUGAAGCUGCCGCCGAAUUUCGAGGUUUACCAGGACGCGCUGGUUGCCGGGAGCGAGUUUUUCAUUCCCAGAGAGCUGGACGGGUCUGAGCAGCCGUUGAUGAACAAACAGCUCACGUUCAAGCACUUUGUGCUCAAGCUGCCACGCAAGUUUGCGUCCGAAGAGGAACAGAGCACGAGUCUGGCCAUGAUGUACAUGUAUUUAUUCAAGCGGGUAUUGAACGUGUUCAAAGAGCAAGGCCUGGACUCGACCAAGAUCAGCUACAACUUUCUGAUGAUGGAGGACUGGAUGAUGAUUAUUCCGCGGAGCCACGCGUUUUUCGACGGGGUGUGGCAGAAUAGCCUGGGAUUCAUGGGGCUGUUCACGAUGAAGGACCUGGAGGUCAAGAACAAGGUGAUGCAUCACGGCAUAGGCACCAUCUUGCAAGAGUGCGGGUUCCCGCUAGGCUCUGACGAUGACCGGGCCAAAUACGACGAGUUUGGGUACUAG